UUUUAUAAGUACACCGAGUCACAACGCUAACUUUCCCCCCAUCUGACCCAAUAGUGACAUGACCUUGCGUCAAACCCGAAAUACGCAUGCGCAAAAAGCGAGUAUCCAGGAAGUUGUGCUUGGUGAAAGAAACAAACAGAGAAAGUGCGAAAGAGAGCUGGAUAUUUAUGCUGUAUCAGGCAGCCAAAAUAAACAACCGAACAUGUCAGGAUUCGACAGCAACCCUUUUGCGGACCCAGUGGACGUCAACCCGUUUCAGGAUCCUUCGGUUACACAGCUGACCAAUUCUAGUUCAGAUGGAAUUGAAGGAUUUAAUCCAUUUACUGAAAACUCCAAGCUGUCUAAUCCAGCACAGACCACAAUUCCUGCUCAGAUUGCACCUUCUCAGCCAGCCGUGCUGCAGCCUUCAGUUGAGCCCAGCCCACAGGCCACAGCUUCAGCUGCCCAGGUAAACCUCCUGAGACAACAAGAAGAGCUGGAGAGGAAAGCAGCGGAGCUGGACCGCAGGGAACGGGAAAUCCAAAACAAGAGUUCGGGUUCUACCAAAGAAAAUAACUGGCCCCCUCUUCCAAGGAUAUUUCCAGUGAAGCCUUGCUUCUACCAGGACUUUGCUGAGGAAAUUCCCCCAGAUUUCCAGAGGACAUGCAAGAUGAUGUACUACCUGUGGAUGUUUCAUUCAGUGACUCUGUUCCUGAACUUGCUGGCAUGCCUAGCAAUAUUCACUGUAAGCAGCAGCAACGGGGUUGAUUUUGGCUUGGCAAUCCUGUGGUUUGUUCUUUUUACCCCCUGUGCAUUCGUCUGCUGGUACAGGCCUGUCUACAAAGCCUUUAGGUCUGACAGCUCUUUCAAUUUCUUUUUCUUCUUUUUCGUCUUUUUCAUCCAAACUGCUGUCUAUAUUAUCCAGGCAGUUGGCAUCCCCUACUGGGGUAACAGUGGCUGGAUUCUUGCCUUGUCUGUGAUUGGCACAAACAAUGCUGUAGCUAUCAUCAUGAUGGUGGUGGCUGGUUUCUUCACUGCCUGUGCGGUCAUGGCAAUCAUCCUGCUAAAGAUGGUGCACUCGAAGUACAGACGGACCGGCGCCAGCUUCCAGAAGGCCCAGGAGGAGUUCUCACAGGGCGUUUUCACAAACAGAACCUUCCAGAGUGCCGCUUCCACAGCUGCUUCCACUGCGGCCCAGAACGCCUUCCAGCAGGGGAACUAGCGGGGCUGGGCCUGGCCAUCCUGUCAGAUCCCCGUCACAACCCUCCUGCCUAUUUUAAAAAGAUGCACUUUCAUGAAAGUAAAAUAACUCUAAGCAUUGUGUGCCUACUUAUCUUUGACUUGGUUUGGUCUUAAUAUCAGGAGUGUUUUUGUUUUUGUUUUAAUAUGCAGGGUGGUUAUAAAGUCAGUAUGCCACUUUGUAAAGCUGCUGUGAAAAGAAAAGAACAUAGCUGAUGGCAGCUGUAAGAUACCAUGUCUGACCUCACCCAGUGUACUUGGAUUAACUUCUUUUUAAAAAAAGUGAUCAUCCAAAGCAGCAAAAUAUUGGAUUUUUAAACGGAGACAAAAACCUCUCUGGGCACCUGGCGUCCUUGGGAAUGGGCUUCCACAGCAGCAGUGAAAUUAGCAUACUGAAUUUGCAGCAUUUUUUAAAGCUUCAUUCCCAUUUCCCCCCCAAAGGACACUCCUGUAAUUCUGAUUUAAGUGAAUGAGUUUUUUUUUUUUUUUUUUUUUUUUUUUAAAAAGGCAAAUCAUUGGUGAUGGCAAUCUUCCUUCAUGUAUUUUCCCUCUUUUUUCCCCCCUUUUGGAGUUCCAAGAAGGAACUCAGUUAUAGAACACAUAUUCUCUAGUCUCUUAUCAAAGGGUGAGCUAUUUCUAAGGGGAGUCCAAUGUUUGUUAGUGCAGGUGCUAAGGGGGAGUAAUAUACAGUACAAUGCUGAAAGAACACAGACAAUGUAAUCAUGAGAUGUAACCGUUUAAAAUAUCUUGAAAAUCUAAACGUUGUUAUGGGUGAGGAAGGAAUUUGCCUUUUGAUUGAACAAAUAGCUGUUUAAAGGCAGAUUUUGCUUCUUCAUUUUCUUACGUGGUAUUGAAGGGGAUGAGACAUUACUCCUAACAAGCAUGGCUACUGUUCCUGGAUUAGAGUGUACGUUCUGUACCAUUUGUGGUGACCGUGCCAUUAUUAUAUUCUGGUUUGGGAAGUCCUCUUCUACAGUGAAGAGAAAUGGAAGACAGGAACGCUAGAUUGAGCUGUGUGACACUGGCAUAGCCAGCAGACAGUGACCGGCCCUGCUUUGUUUAGCACUGCCACUGAUUUAUUAAACUGCUAACCCUGUGUGGUAUCAAUCAGAUAUUUCUUUGAAAAUAAAAGCUUAUAUAUUCAUCUGUAAUGAAGGAUUACAAAUAAGCAGAUGUAUUCGUUUUGCUAGAAAAGUAAGGAACGUUUAAAAAAUAUUAAGCCGGCCAUUUUUAUUGGCUGGAAAACCUUAGUUGCCAUCUGAUUCGGGGUGGCCUCCCAGAAUGAGCCUAUAAGGAAAAGCAGAACACUUAUUAAUGUGAAAGACAGGUAUUUCACAAUGACAUUUGUGUAAGCUCUCAAGCAAACGGACUGUUGUAGUCUUGCUUUUGACAGAAAAGGGAUUUAGCAAAGUUAUGCAAUUGGCAAAGCCUACUAUUGCACGUUAGUUGGCUUAAAAAAAAAACUUGUUUUGCAACAGUAUUUUAUUUAAUUUUUUUUUAAUAUAGAGGCUUUCAAGCAAGAGGUGCAUCAUCCAUAAUGCCAAGGAGACUCUAUACCAGCUCAGUUUGGCAGUAUUUAAACAUGGCUUUGCUGUUGGAAGUGGAAUUGCUGUCCUUCAGAAUAGGCUAAAUGUAAAAAUGUCUCAAAAUGUGUGGGGUUCUGAGGUUUGUAUGACGUGUUUCAUGUUUUUUCCUUAUAAAUAUACAGGGGAUGAAGUAUGACUCCUUGACAGUUUUGUACCUUUCUAGGUAUUAUUUACUUUAACCUAAAAGUGCCUACUUAACUAGAAUGGGUCAAACUGCUGUGUUGUAAUAGGAUUCAUGUUUUCCCCCUGUAUUUGUGAAUAUAUAUAUAUAUAUAUUAAAGUAACUCUUUAAAGCUUAUUGUAGAGGAAGCCUGCUGUACAGCAUUAGAUAUACAGUGUGUUUAAAGCAAGCUGAACAUUAUCUAGUCCUGUUUUUUAAAGAAAUCUGCACUUGGUGGAUACUGUACAUGCUGGGGUUGUAUUUGUAGAGGAUUUAUUUUGUGUUGUGUCUGAGCUGAGUUGGUGCACAUCUUUUAACAUCCUGGUUUGCAUCAGGUAGACAUGUCUGUGUCUAAAGAUGCAUUUUCUGCUGCAAUAUAGUACAGUUAAAGUAUAUUAACAUGAAUGUACUGAUGUUUAAUGGUGUACACCAAGCAGCCUGAAGAAAGACAGCAAUGCAGUAUCUGCCUUAUAGAUCUUGUUAAAUAACUGCAGACUAUAUCAAAUCUAUUGGUCAUUUUGAUACCAUUUUCCCCAAAAGAAGUGAGUUUUUAUUAAAAAAAAUUAAUUAAAAAAAAAAAAAAAAAGAAUCUGAUGUCAGUAUUGCCUAAGGAGUGCUGCAUGUUAUAAGAAUGUGUUUUGUCAUUUCAUCUGCAGAGGUCCUUGUGUUUGAUUGAAGUGCUAAUAGAAAGCAUAUCCUGCUUCAAAUGGAGGUUGGUGUUUGCUGUUCUGCACAGACAGGGUACAUUUCCAUUUGUGGAGCUGCAGUCUGAUGUGGAGCUAUCCAUUUACAACACCAGGUUGCUUCAGUUAGCUCAGCAGUCUGUAUUUACAAUCCCAUUAGCUUUUUUCUGCUUAAAAAAAAGGACAACCGCAUACACAGUGAUAUAAGGGGCUACAUGCUAAAAGUUUAAAUCGAGUGUUGAAUUCAGUGCUGUUUGCUAUACUUGUCUUUUCCCUUCCCUAAAUGGUGAGAAGGCCAGUUCAUAACUUUCCUGUAUACGGCACAGUAAGAACAGUUUUCAUAGGAUUGCAGCAAACCUAGUCAGAGAAACACUUGAUAGGAUCACAGAUACUCUGAAUAAACCACCAUUCUGUUGUUGCUUUCCUUGGACAGGACUAGGUUCAGUUGUGUAAUCAUUGAAAUAUUUCUUAUUUUAUAAGGGAAUUUAAGACACUGCAUUCACUAAAUUAAAAGUUUUAUAAAUGGAUUGUGUACUUUUAUUUGGGUAUAAUUUGAGCACUGGGCGUUUAGCCAAGAAAGUGAUACUUUCUCCUGUGACUGCAACCUAUUCUAUUUUGGCUGAAAGUAUUCUUCUUUUGUAAAGCAGUUGAAGUGUUUUUAAGGUGGUGUCUUAAUGAAUGGCAUAUUUAACAACACAUUUCUUAGGUAUGCACAUUGAAAAAGGCUGUAGAUAGUCCUGAUCUGUACUUUUCUGUCCCUGUAAUGUUAUAAUGGAGGUAAAAACAGAUCUAGAACGGAGGGUGUAUUUUAUUUAUAUAAAUUAUUAAACACUGUUGGCAUCUGACACAUUGUAGUAGUUUAAAAGGUGUUCUUCAGAAGAGUGGACACUGGUAAGGUCAUAUGAACUCCUUCCCUUGUUGCUUUUUGUUCGCUCUGCCAGGUGUCAAAAUAAUGUCCUGUUUGACAAAAAAAUCAGCCAGCAAAUGUGAUUCUUGCUUGCUUGGAAUUGUUUUGCAGCUGCUUUGAAGUGGCAUUUAAUUGUGACUAGUUUUACAUUUCUCAUCAGCACAGGUUGAAUGACUAGGAGUUUUUGCAUAUUAAAUGCUAGGAUUUUACAAACAGGUUUUCUAAUUUUGCCGUAGGAUCCUAGAUAAACACAGACGAUUGUCUUUCUCUCUGCUAAUUCUUACUUUUGUUUUAAUGGUGUAAAAUCAAUGGGGUUAGUAAGAUGGUGUCUUUAACUGUAUAUGGGAUGUUCAGUAAUGCAUUUUAUUACCAAUGUUGUUUUGUUUAAAUUUUCAUGUAAGAUUGUAAAUGCCGUUAAUUGAACCUUUUUGUGCUGAAAUAAAAAAAUGACAACAAA